AUGGCAGACAGGCACAAACUUACCUGGGACGUGGGCCCGACGAUCUCGGCGAAACCGCUGCCGGACGGGGUUGAGAGGAUGUUUAUUCCAUCGCCGGACGGGAUGCUGGAGAUUUUGGUGGCUCUUCCGGCGAGCACGGGCUCUGGGUCGGGGGAGGAGAGACCGCCACUGCUGUUUGUUCAUGGAGGGUUUGGUAGUGCUACCUGCUACAUAAAUUUUCUCCCCUUCUUCGCCUCCCACGGCCACCCAGCCUACAGCCUCUCCCUCCGCGGCCACGGUGCUUCCCAUCACCCCGGGUUCUGGAAACUAUACUGGACCACCAAACAUACCCUCGCCCUCGACAUCGCCACCGCAAUCACGCACAUCCGCCACCUUCACAACAUCACCUACCCCAGCACCCCCACCCCCAACCGCCAAAACGGCGUAAUCCUCUGCGGCCACUCCUCCGGCGGCGGCCUCUCGCAAUACCUCAUUUCCCGCUCCCUCGAGACCGUCGGCGGUCUCAUCACCCUCGCCGCCGUUCCCGGCUUCGGCUCCUAUGGCGUGUACUACAACUGGUUCGUCAUGGACCCGUGGUUCGCAGUGCGCAUGUACUUCCGAGACCUCUUCCACCCGCGCUCGCCGCUGUCGUCCACCACACUUGUGCAUCGGGCGUUUCUUGGCGCGGGCUGCCCGACGGAGCUGGUGAAGGAGGUGGAGGAGGAUAUGGCAGAGACGGAGAGUAUGAUGUGGCCGCUGGGGAUGAUGAUGCAGUUUGUGGAUCCACGGAGGGUGGUGGGGGGUGUGGCGCCGGCGUUGAGGUGUGGGAGGAAGGUGCUGGUGGUGGCCGGGAGCGAGGAUAGACUGAUGGGAGUGAGGAUCAUGGCGCAGUUGGCGGCGUGGUAUAGGAGUGCGUUGGAGUGUGUGUCAGGGAGGGUGGAGGAGGGGACGGAUGUGGUGAGGUUUGAAGAGGUGAAGGGGAGUGGGCAUCAUUUGAUGAGGGAUGUGGCGUGGAGGGAGUGUGCGGGGGUUAUGUUGGAGUGGUUGCAGAAGUAG